AUGAUGGAGCAGCGACGCAUUUCGAGGGCCUGCGAUGCGUGUAAACGCCGGAAAGUUCGCUGUAAUGGCCAAUCCCGCUGCCAGCAGUGUACGCACGUCGGCCUGCGUUGCACUUAUGCUUCAACGCCGACAUCGCGGUCUCGAAAGAGAGCACUAGCAAGAGGCUCGGUCAUCGCCGAGUGCAGAACACUCAGCUUCCAACCCAGUCAAGGAGGACAGCCGGAACAAACGCUCGCCUCGAGGGUGGUAUCCAUCUCCAUCCCGGCCUCGAUCGUCUCGCACCCGAAUCCGAGCUUCUUCCAUGAAUUCUUGCACGAAUAUGAACGAUAUGUGUUCCCGAUGAGUCCUGUCAUCCCAGCAAGCGAGGUUCAAGACAUGAUUUCGAAGAUGGACGACAGCCGCGACGCCGCUUCCUUUGUGUAUAUUUUUGCCGCUGUGACGCUCAACCUGACUCGAGGCGAGCCUGUACAGGAGGCACCCGCGACUCGCGAGCGCAUCGCGACGUUACUGACCCGCUCACUGGAGCACCGCCGCCCGCUGGGCUUCGAUGCCCAGCCAACCAUCGUGUCUGUGAUGUGCAGCCUGUUUACUGAGAUGUGCUCUGUUGGUCUACGGCGCCUUGAUCUGGGAUUCAUGUAUCUUCGAGAGGCCAUCUCGCUGCUCUACAUGCUACACGCGCACUCCGACGAGGCGUUGGCCGAGUUCGACAUGCCGGAGAGGGCACGCCUUCAACGCGCGUAUUGGGAAUGUUUUAUCCACGAGCGGUUUACGGCUCUCACUUAUAACAGGCCACCGUGUCUGACUGCAUUACGCGGGCUACCAGACCAUGAUCCAUCUUUACCUGAAGAUGUCGAGGCAGGGUUCAAUCACACCAUCGACAAUUUCUGCUUGGUCGACCGGGAGUUUCUUGAAUACUGGCUCGGUGAACGGUUAGGUGUAAGCGCCAAGUGGAUCGAGAACAAACAACAGCAGUUGGAGGACAACUGCUGGCACCACGAGGUCUUACAAUUGCCAGGGAUGAUGCAGGCAGACCUAAUCAUUACUCGGCACUGGUUGCGCACAUUGACUUGGCAGAUUGCACUGUCGAAUACCCUGCUCUCCUCCUCUCCUAAUUCCUGCCUAUUGCUCUCACUUUCCUUCCCACUGCGCCUCUCAAAUCAAUUACGUCAGUUUCUGGUGACAAUCCCACGGAAUAUGGUGGGCAUUCAUGGAUCCGGGAUCCUCGAAAAACUCUUCGAAAUCGCGAAUGUUAUCACCGAUGUGGUUCUCCACCUGCCCCAUGCCUCCGGAGACGAAACUAUUCAACGAAUCCACGACAUCAUCUUCCUCAAGAACUUCGUAUACUCUUUCGCAGGUUUCCAGACACUGCGACCGGAGGCUUUGACACAGAAGUUUGAGAUGAUUCGUGAAAAAUAUCCCGAGAUCAGAGAAAUUGAGCUUCUGCUCUAG